AUAUCACCAAAAACCCCUUUUCUUCCUAUACCGCUUCUCUCGCUCCCAAAUCUCUCUCUCUCCGAAUCCUUCUUAAGAUCUCCUUUCGAAUCCAAAAAUCCUAGAAUCUCCUGUUUUCCCCGCGAUCUUCUGUAGCGAUCUUUUCGGGUUUUUCGGUUCUUUCACUCCAUCUAGAGAUGAAACCGAGGGUUUGCGAGCUCUGUAAUGGAGAAGUUUCGCUGUAUUGCUCCUCUGAUUCGGCCUUUCUGUGUUGGGAUUGCGAUGCUAGGGUUCACGAAGCCAACUUCCUGGUAGCUCGACAUGUUCGCCGGACUGUUUGUUCCAAAUGCAAAGAUUUCGAUGGAAAUCACAUCUCCGGUGUCGGAUUUCGACCCGUAAGUUCGAUUUGCCAGUUAUGCACUUCGGUGUCGUUGAACGAUGAUUGUGAUUCAGAUUCUUCGACAUCAUUUGCUUCGUCUGCUUGUCUCUCCAGUGCGGAAUCUUUUGCUUCUCAAGCACCGAAGAAGAAGAUCCGUUUCGAUCGAACUCGACCUGUGAAGAUCGUGUGUUUGGAUUCGGUUUCGGAAGUUUCAGGUGAUGAUUCAUGUUUGCCGGUGAAGUUUUCCGUUGAGGGUUUGUUGAAGAAGUCGAAGAAUGUUAAAGCCCUAAAGUCACGAGCUCCGACGAACGUCGAUGUAAAGGCGGAGGGUAUCUUGGUAAAUUGGUGCAUGAAACUGGGGCUAAAGAUAAGCUUUUAUGUGCCGCUCGUCACCCAAGCUUUCGGUAUGUGCUUGACAAAAUUGAUGGUUUUGCCCUUCCGGGUUUCUCUGGCUUCCGCCCUUUGGUUCUCUUGGAAGUUUUGUGAAGGGACGCCAGCGUCUACGUGUCAGAAUCUCAAGAGGCUAGAGCAGAUCUCGGGUGUGCCAGCUAAAUUGAUCUUAUUUGCCGAGUCGAAGCUCGCUCGUGUUCUGAAGAUUAAGGAGACUCAGCUUGAUCAGGAAGAAGGUUGGGCCGAGUGCUCCAAUUGAGUUUU